CUUAGUGGAGGAAGCUGUUUAAAGUUUCAUGCUUUCUCCGUGCCUCACAUGCUUUUUCCUUUAUUUCAGAAACGCAGUUGCAUUGGAUAGCUUAUUAGCCAAUCAUCUGAGUAAAGGUGAAGAUUUCUUAGAAAAUGGGAUGCUUUGCAUCAACUCCGAAAGACACUGGUGGGAACAGAAGAAAGCCAACAAGCAUCGGUGAGGUUUCAGUAUAUGUACCCGGUUUAAGGAUACCGAGACCUGUUGAGUUUUCACAGGCACUUGGUGAUCAAUUGCCAAAGACUCUAGUGGAACGCUUGACAGCUUUAAGAACGCGUAUAGUAGUGAUGGCUAAUCAAGAAGGUCCUACAAUAACAAGAACUAGGAGAAAGACACAACAUGGUUCCACGCUCUCAGAUCUCCAUCAAGCUUUGGUUGACUAUCUUCCUGUUCUUUUGGAACUAACUAAAGACGGUAGCCAUCUACAGUUUAACGUACAUUUUAUUUGGGUAAAUCAAGAGGAUGAAGAAGAGGAAACAGCAAUGUCAAACAUUUGGUAUGAAGUUUUGUCUGUUUUGCAUCUAAUGGCAAUGCUACAAAUGUCACAAGCCAAUUUGCUGCUUCUUCCAAGAGGGUUUAGUGAUGGCCACAACCAUCCAAAAGUAUCAGAAGAAAACAGACGAGCUUCGAUUGAUAUCUUCUUAAAGGCAGCUGGAUAUCUUGAUUGUGCUGUUAAGAAUGUUCUCCCUCAGUUUUCUGCUGAGCAAAGGAGAAGUUUACCGGUUGACCUAGCGGAAGGAGUUCUAAGGGCUCUUUGCUUGCAAGCACUAGGCCAGGGUGUUGAUAUCCAACUUGGCAUGGCAAUUGAUAGUUCUAAGGCCACUCUUGCAGUCAAACGAAGACUUGCAUGUGAAAUGGUUAAAUAUUGGCAGCAGGCACAAGAUAAUUUAAUGAAUCUUCCAUUAGCAAAUGGUUGGGGAGAGAAGCAUAGACUCUUCGUUAAGUGGAAGUAUGUUGAAGCUAAGGCUGCGGCUUACUACUAUCACGGUUUGAUUCUUGAUGAAGGAAACACAGAGAAAUCACAUGGCAUGGCAGUUGCUGCAUUACAAGCUGCAGAUGAAUGUUUCAAAGAAAGUAAGAAAGCAUCAGAAGCUUUCAACGCCUCUUCACCUACUUCAAGGACACCACCGCUUUUCGGGACAAUGAAGUAUCUAACAGAGAAAAUCCCGAAAGAUACUUCGAGUAAAGUCAGGAUCAACCGUGAUCUAUACUCUUAUGAAAAAAUCAUGGAGACGGCACCAACACUUCCUGAUUUCGCUUUGGCACUAAAACCAGAUGAGUAUCAACUUCCUCUGGUUGAAUCUUCGUAAUCUGAAGAUGCUCAAAACGUUUCAAACAAGAGCAAUCAAAAGACACACUGUGUAACCUUAUAGAGAGCAAAAGGAUGAGUGGUUUCCAAUGAUUGCCUGCAAAACUGGGUUUGGAUCAGUUUACAUGAGAGAGAGAGAUCUUUGUAUACUAAUGUGAACCAUAAAUUUCUGCAAUAAAGUAUUAUAUUUGUUAUUUCCAGUAUUAAUAAUCACACUUCAAGCAAAUGGUGGGGUUAUCAGUUAUGUUAUGUUUUAGUUGGUGGAGAUGUGACAAUGUACUAAAGAUAAUUAUUUGACUUGGAGUUGAAGCAUCAGAGAAGCCAAAAAAAGGUUCUGGAAUAAAGCAGAAUAUAGAAGAGAUGAUGCAGAUAUGUUUCAGACAAAACUACAAAGGUCGACAGAUUCGGGCAGUGCUUCAUUCCAAAUAUGUGCUGUGCUACGAAGAAGUCGGAAUCUCUU